AUGGAAUCCGUAUCUCUAUCUCCAUCCAUGCUUAGCAGAAGGCUUCUAUUUGCAGGCUACACUGCCUUUCUUAUAGUCCUACUCCUAAACCUCUCUUGUGAUGCCAGAAUAUUUCACCCUCCAAACUGUGGUGAUCUUAACUAUGAAUUGACUUGCAAGAACAGUCAUGCGAUUCUACACCAGUAUUCAGGAAAAUACUAUGUAAAAGAGAUCCAUUACGUUAACAGAACAAUCCAGGCUGCGAUACCCAUUCUGGGACAGCAGAAUAUCACACCUGUCUUUGUCCACGACCACUACGUUGUAUUUGGCGAUAUAAAGUUGAUGGAAAUAGGAAACAUUCUUGCUGCUCUAAGCCCUGCAGCAUUGAUCAUAUCACCAAUUUUGAAAGAAACAGGAGACAUUCUUGUGUAUGGUCUGGAGCUUCUGAUUCACAUUCGUCUUUCAAAACUCUCAUAA